GACCUUCCGAACAGGACAAAACUCACAUUACCAGAAUCCAACGUUCUAUAUAUGCCACCCAUACCACAACUCUACUCAACAAAUACUAUAGCGGCAGCUACGGCUCACUUCUUGUUAGCUGCUGUUUGUCGUCUGCAACCAACAGUUUUCUCUUCUCAUUCAGAGAAAAAUCAAAUUUCCCCGAUGGCCAUGGCCGCGGCCACCAAUUUCUGCGCCUCUUCUUCAAUCUCCUCGACGCAGAAGACGGCAGCAGCUCUUCCUUCUUUACAGGGUCAGACUUGCUCCCUGCCUUCGAGACAUCGUCAUCUUCUCCCUGCCGGCCGGAGACCAGCCGGGCUUUCCGUGGCGGCGACGGCUGCGCCCACCGCAAUUCAACAGGUGGACGGAGCUACAAGCUCCGGCAAAGCUUCCAAGGCUCUGCCUUUUAGAGUGGGUCAUGGGUUCGAUCUCCAUCGGCUGGAGCCUGGAUACCCUUUGAUCAUCGGCGGGAUUAACAUUCCUCACGAAAGAGGCUGCGAGGCUCACUCCGAUGGAGAUGUGUUGCUGCACUGUGUUGUGGAUGCUAUACUGGGAGCACUGAGUCUGCCUGAUAUUGGACAGAUUUUCCCUGAUAAUGAUCCUAAGUGGAAGGGAGCAGCUUCUUCUGUUUUCAUCAAAGAAGCUGUGAGGCUGAUGCACGAGGCUGGUUAUGAGAUUGGAAACUUAGAUGCCACCUUGAUUCUUCAAAGACCGAAACUGAGCCCGUUCAAAGAAGCCAUCAGGGCCAACUUGUGUGAACUACUGGGAGCAGACCCUGCUGCUGUAAACUUGAAGGCCAAAACCCAUGAGAAGGUCGACAGUCUGGGCGAGAACAGAAGUAUCGCUGCCCAUACCGUCGUUCUCCUAAUGAAGAAGUGACGAUGCCAGAACUCCCCCACAGCUGCCGAUCAACAUGCAAAUUGGUGUGCCUCUUCUUUGGCAUGUUGUAAGCUUGAACAAACAAUACCUUCUAGCAGUCGGAACAGUAAUCUCGUGUACGUACACAGUUGAUUUGGAAGAUUUUCGUCUGUAUAUCUAAAAAAUACUAUAAGCCAAUGUCAAAAUAGAGCUUUUGUCACGUCAGCCCCUACUGCAACCACCGUACACUGUGGAGGGUCUUUCACGUCAAUUCACCAAUUCUUCUCUUCUCGCAUUCUGAUUUAAUUUCCAUUCUCCCAACGGAAAUCGAAUCCUUUUAUCUGGC